GUCCGCCGCCCACACAACUCGUCACGUCUAUUCACUAUUCUAGUUUGCAGCGACAGUCAAGUCACCAUGCCGGGCGCCAAGACGACGCUGCUUAUCGAGGGCAGCUUUGAGGAGCUUACCGACGAAUUCGCACAAUACAUUGACAGCCUCAAAAAAUCCCAAGGCGAUGAGAGCGCCAAUCUGCAGGCCGAGUGUGCCGAGCUGCUCAAGGAGAACAAAAAGGAUGAGGUGCUCAAGAAGCUCGUCGUGGGUGGCCAGGCACUGAACCAGGCACCAGAGAAGGAGUUUAUUGCAGCCUACAACCUGCUCAUCCACCUCGUAAAUCAGUCCCCGAACGUGUCCAUGUUCCUCCCCAAGAUGUGCCAGAACCUGAGUGCGCCCAUCUCAUCCUCACCCUACAACGGCGGUGGCCUUGCCCUCUCCAUUCUCAGCACCAUCUUCAACACGACACAGACGAACAGUGAAAGUCGCUAUCACGUGCUCCUGGCCAUCCUCCGUGUCAUUCGCGCCACAAGCAACUUCGAGACGCUGCGACCACAACUAAAGCAACUGGAUAGCUGGCUAGCUGCGUGGGAGACAGGCGAGGAAGACGCCCGAAAGCUGUACCUUGCCGUGAGCGACGUAGCAGCAGAUGCAGGCGAGGACGAGCAGGCCUACACAUAUCUGCUACGUGCUCUGCGCACAUUUCCCUCUGAGGAAGCCGCGUCUCCAGAAGCUCGCGAGCUCUCCCUCCGCGCUCUCAAGUCGGCCCUGACUCACCCAACUCACUUUGACUUCCAGGACCUUACCGGUCUCGACUCGAUUCAGGCCCUUCGCAACUCUGACCCCGUCUACUUCCAGCUCCUUGAGAUUUUCAACUCGGAUCUACUCGAUGACUUCAACGACUUCAAGGACGAGCAUGAUGGCUGGGUAGAAGAGUCUGGUCUCGACGGAAACGCACUGAACCGCAAGAUGCGCCUCCUUAGCCUCGCUUCCAUGGCUGCAUCGGCCGGUCAAACACGGUCGCUGCCAUAUGAGAAGAUUGCAAAGGCGCUCCAGGUGCCCUCGGAGGACGUUGAGAUGUGGGUCAUUGACGUGAUCCGUGCCGGUCUUGUCGAGGGCAAGCUCAGUCAGCUCAACCAGACGUUCCUCAUCCACCGCUCAACCUACCGUGUCUUUGGCGACAACCAAUGGAGAGAGGUAGCGUCAAGGUUAGACUUGUGGCGCAACAGCCUACAAGGUGUGCUCCAGGUCAUCCAACAGGAAAAGCAGAGGUUCUUGCAGGAAAAGGAGGAUGAGGCAAACAAGGCCGACCAAAAGGCCGACAUGGCAUCGCGCUUCGGCGGCAGAGGUGGACAGAGAAAGCAGCAGCAGCAGAGGACCAUGGACGAUGAUCUCGACUAA